AGAUAAUUCUAUUUAUCGAAGGUAUAUAGAAUGCUCGUGUGAGAUAAUUCUACUACAAAUUGUUGUCGCUGCAAUGUAUAAUAGCAAUUGAUUCAUGUCUAUAUGAGUGGGGGUAUACCGCACUAGCGAGGAGAAACCUUGUCAGUUAAUGCCUUGUCAGUUCUCUCUAAUGUCACAUCAAACAAAUGUCUUGAUUUUUAUAUUCUUGAGUUUUCCAAGUUAUUAACAAAUGAUAGUUAAGAGUACCGUCAGCCCGGCCUUAAAAAUUGGCCUUCGCUUGCUUGGUGUGUGGCCGGGUGUAGCGCAUUCCACAGUUUAUUGGCUAAUUUUUAUGUCAAGUAUAUUAGUCAUACAAUAUUUUCAAUAUUUGUAUAUACUUGAACACUUCAAGAUUAGCGAACUUUCGAAUCUCGUCGAUGGCUUGUCCUUAACUUUAGAUUACAGUUUAACGUUUCUCAAAUUGGCCAGUCUAUGGAUUCAUCGUCGAAUUUUUCAUAAAAUUCUGGCUGCUAUGAAUGACGACUGGCGUGAGUGUGUCAACAUCGAUCAGCAUUUGAGUACGAUGACGGUUAAGGCCAGUGUAUCUCAUUUUUAUUCUAACGCUAUGUUGAGCUUUAACGGAGUUGCCGCAGUACUUUACGUUUUGGGCGAUUAUGUAAUUCGUUUUAUAUAUUCAAGCAAAAAUUAUAAUAAUACCUUGCGGCAACUUCCUAUCAAGAUGCUACUUCCCUUUGAAACUGAGAAAUCGCCUGUAUUUGAGCUACUGGUCAUUACUUUAUUUCUACAUAUAAUAUUAAUCUCAUUUAUAGUCGCCGUUCUAAAUGGAUUAAUUUUUACGUUGGUGCUUCAUGUAAGCGGGCAAAUCGAUAUAAUAUGUCAAGAGUUUAGAAAUAUCUCUAAAAACGCUUUUCCCUAUCGAUCUUCUGUAUUUACAUUAGGAACGCUCAUCGAAAGGCACAACAAAGUCUAUGCAUUUUCCGAGAACAUCGAGAAACUCUUCUCCUUUAUUGCUUUAAUGCAAGUUGUUUGGAAAACUUUAGUUAUUUGCUGCCUAGGAUUUAUUAUUAUAAUUUCCAUCCAUAAUGAAUCCGAUGUCUUCGUGUUUAUGAAAGCUAUUUUGGCUUAUUUUGCUGUAAUGAUAGAAACGUUUAUUGUUUGCUUUGCUGGAGAAUAUCUUAGUCUUAAGAGUAAAUCGAUCGCUGAUGCAGCAUAUGAAUCAUUGUGGUACGAUAUGCCGCCAAAUCAGGGUAAAAUUAUAUCAUUUAUGAUAAUGAGAUCUCAAAGGCGACUGUCGAUCACCGCAGGGAAAAUGAUGGAUAUGUCAUUCGAAGCUUUAACAAAUAGUAAAUCGAUUGCAUGCGCCGUCUACAAGUCCGUACAAUAUGAACCCAGCCAGUGUCGAACUCUUCUCCUUGUGACUGUGAGGUCGCAAGAGAGAUUGACGAUCACGGUCUGAAAAAUGAUGGAUCUUUCUCUGGAGGAAUUCACCAGCGUAAGAUCCGUUCUCAUACAUACAAAAUGUUGCUCAUGGAUAUUAAGCGCGUCUCGAGUGAAUAUCAAAGCAGACUGUGCAAACAAUUUAGAACAGUUUACCUCCAAUGUAACCGACAACAGGAACGACCCCGACGUUUUUAUGCAAAAUACGCGAGCGAUUUUCUACAGGAUAUUUUAUGAUAUACUGCUAGCGAUGGAAGAAGAUUGGAACAGCGUAGAUAUCUGCGACAAACGGGUGUCGUGUAUUAUGGCGAGUAAUGCCGACCUGUCGCGUCGUUGCUCGAACGUGUUAAUCAGCAUUAACGCUUCGGCCGCAAUUAGCUACUCCCUGUCCACUCUUCUGCGUCGCUCGGCCGACUUUAAGGAUGAUCGAAAUGUUAGUUCGAGAAUGCUACCUAUAAAAAUGGAAUUUCCCUUCGAAGUUGACGCGUCUCCUCUCUUCGAGCUUUUAGCGGUCGGUCAGGUUCUUCAUGUAGUGUCGAUCGCCGCUUUAGUCGCUAUGAUGAAUUGCCUGAUCAUCACGCUGGUGCUUCACACGAGCGGACAGAUCGAUAUUCUUCGUCGAGAGCUGCUAAAAAUUUGUGGCAACGGAACUUCGCAGUGCGAUUCAAUUGUCGCAAGUGUCAGGCUUCUGAUUGUCCGCCACCAAAGAAUAAUAACGCUUUCGGACAAUAUCGAGGGGCUCUAUUCCGCUAUCGCGCUGAUGCAGUUCCUGUCGAAUACCAUUGUCAUCUGCUGCAUUGGCUUCACCAUCAUAGGCUCUAUUGGUAGUGGAACUGUGGUGAUGUUGAAAUCCGUUAUUUUUUACGUCGCCGUAACGUUGGAAGCCUUUAUCUUUUGUUUCGCUGGAGAAUACCUCAGCGCCAAGAGCAAAUCGAUCGGCGAUGCGGUCUACGAGGCUCUCUGGUACAACGUGACACCUGCCGAGUGUCGAAUUCUAUUAUUUGUGAUAUUAAGAUCGCAGAAGAGACUGACGAUCACUGCUGGAAACAUUAUGGAUCUUAGUCUAGAAGGAUUUACGAGCGUGAUGAAAGCGUCAGCUUCGUAUAUGUCGGUACUGCACGCGAUGUAUUAA